AUGGGAUCUCAGUGCUGUAGACUAGUUUGCCGUCCUUUUAAAAAGCAAAUGACAAUCCAAGACAAAGUCAAAAAUCUCUAUAAUGUCGGCUCAGGAGAUAAAUCAGAGCACCAGGUAAAAAUCCAGGUUUACAAACUUAAUGCUUACCUGAAAGAUCGUGCUGACAAAAUUAAACCUUGCAUAGAAGAAAUCAAAAAGGUAUGGGCUGCUGCUUUACAUGAAGAAAUGACUCAGGACGAUUUAAAAAUUAUAUACUGGCUUUUCUGAAUCAAAAAUUAAUAAAUAUUAUAAGCGAAAAAUAGAAAUUAAUUAAUAAGGCAUAAAUAUCACUUUAUUGGCUCUUCUCACACUAACACAGUACAGAAGGGAAUUCCUGCCUAUGACUUAUCAAAUGGUUUAUAUGCUGAUGAUGCAUCCACGAUUUGGCGAGGUAAAAAAACUUGUGUAUGAGAUUCUCUUGCAAUGUACAACAACUUUUCCUGAUGAUAAUCCUCCAUAUCUUGAAGAUAUUAUGAUAGAGCUUGUAUCAUAUUGUUCGAACCCAAAAAAUGUUUCAAAAAAUGAAAUUUUGGUCCUUUCUGCGAUGGGUUUUAGCUUGAGGUCGAAGUUUUCUAAAGGGAGUUACCUAAAAUGAGAAACUAUACUUUUUUUUAUAAAUAAUUUGACGAUAAGCCAUUUUAAUACUAUUUUUAUAUAUUAAUUAUAUAAGAAAUUCAUAUAUAAGGGUAUGUGAUUGAUCUUGCACUUAUAAGGAUAAUAAAAAAUAAAGACAACGAUUUAGAUGAAGAAAUGGAACUUGUUAAAAAUUUUGCAAGCUUUAUGGUUGGGAAUGCAGGGAUGGUGCAUUUAUUUAUUGGACACAUUGUGGAUUUCUUGCAUAAAAAUCAGGGCUGGAAUGAAAAUUCGCAGUUAAUUUUCGACUCAAUUCUAUUAUGCAAAGAGUAUGGUCAUCCAAUUUUCUACUCGGAAAUAUUCAAAACAAUAAUAUAUUAUAUGCAUAAAAUUUUAUCUGAAGAUAAAAGUAAUGUGAAAAAUAUUUUGAACUGCGCGUUCAGCAUUCUUAUCCUUUUUAUAGCAAAUUUUUUAUUUGAAAAAAAUAAAAAAAAUAAUAUUAAUUUGUAAAAAAAAUAAAAAAUAAGAGUUAAAGAGCCAGAUUCAAAUGUUUCAACAAUGCUUUAUAAUGAAACGUUUAAAGAUGUUAUUUUGAUGCUUUUAAAUGAAGAAGUGGACCAUAUUAACGAAUUUCUUCAAAAAUGGUCACAAAAAGCAGAUAAUCAGAGCUUUAUUUCUUUUGUAAAAUCAAUUUUAACUGCAAAGCAGUAUGAUAGGCCUUAUAUUAUGUGCAUAAAGCAGCUCAAAGCUAUAUAUGAAAAAGAGCUAAAUAAGUCAAAGCCACCUCAUUUAUUUGUACAAGGGACAUUACAGAUUAUUUUUGUAAUUGUCUCUGAUUUAUAUGAAGAGCCUUCAAAAUAUUUGUUAAAAGUCUUGAGUUUUCUGAUUUUCAAGCUAAAAAGAAGAUUUUCAUUUAAACAAAACGAAAUAUAUUCUCUAAAUCUUUCGCUUUUAAAAAUGACAGAUAAUGCUAUUUCAAUGCCAAUUGACGAAAGUAUGAAAAUAUGCUGAAAUUUUGUAAAUAAGUAAUAAUAUUAAAAUAAAUAAUUUUAUUAAUCUUAUAAGCCAAAAUGGAUAUUUAAACACUGUUUAAAAUCAUGGCUUUCUUUACUCCCCCCUCGAAGUUCGACCAAGAUUUUUUUGGUCGAACUUUUGAGGGGGGUUAAGAAAAAUUUUUUUAAAAAAAAAUUAUAUAGAAUUUUUUUUUAUAUAAUUUAGUAGUUAAAAAAAAUAAAUAUUUAUCAUAUUCUUCUGUAUGGUUGAGAGGGUGUAAGGGUUAGAAAAAAUAGUGCAAGAUGGUUUUGUAACGCUUUUUUAGAACUUGAAUACAAAAAUCGCAAGCUCACCUCCACAUAGUUUAAAAUUUUUGAAAAAUUGCUUAUUUUACUAGUAAAUUUAUAUAGGUCUUGGUCGAACUUUGAGGGGGGUUAAUUUUCCAAAAAAAUAGGAAUUUUUCCCUAUAUCUUGGUCGAACUUCGAGGGGGGGGGAGUUAGUCAUCCAAGAAAGCUCUGAAAAUCUAUCUCUAAUGCUAAUGGCAGUUUUCAAGCUAAGAAGAUCAUUAAACCAAGCCCAAAAUAUUCAAAAUAAUCUGUGUUUAGCCCUUUGCAUUUAUUCAAUUUUAAAAGCUAUCUCAAUAACCUACAAGCUAGACAAGGUAAAAAGUUUCGUUGACAGAUCAGCUUCUCACUCCCCCCCCCCCCUCCGUGAGCGAACAAAACCAUUAGAAAAAUCGCCAUUUUUUGACCAAAAACCCACCCUCCGUGAGUGAACAAAAAUUUUUUUAAUAGAAAAAAUUUUAAUGGAAAAAAAUUUUGAUAUAUAAGUGAUAAUUAGUAUAAUGAAAUCUAGAGCUAAUUCUGUUUAAUUUUAAACAAAUUGCGUUUUAAAACAUAAAUUUUGCAAAUUAAAUUAAUAUUUGCUUCCCAAUUUUUGCAAAUUAGGAUUUUUUUAAAUUUCGAAAAAAAUAUUUUUUAUAAAAUUUAUAUAUAAAUUUUUUUUUAAAAAAAAAAUUAACCCCCCUCCGUGAGCGAACAAAAUUUUUUUGUUCGCUCACGGAGAGGGGGGGGGGAGUCAGUGUAUUUACAAAAAGAGAGUUUUCGACCAUUUAUCACUGAAGACGGCAAAUUUAUGAAAAUUAUGGACGCUACUUACUCAUUAUUUGAUAAAGAAAAUAUAAAUUCUAUUAACUCGCCCUCCACGAGGAAACAAAAAAAUCUUGUUCGCUCAUGGAGGGGGAUUAAUUUUUUUUUUGAAAUUAAAAUUGGAAAGCAAAUAUUUAUUUAUUUGUAAAAUUUACGUUUAAAAUGCAAGCUAAAAUUAAACAAAAUUAGCAAGAAAUAUCAUUGUAAUAAUUAUUACUUAUACAUCAAAAUUUUUUGCUCACUCACGGAGAUAGGCUUUUUGGCAUGAAAAUAGGGAUUUUUCCAAUGGUUUUGCUCUCUCACAGAGGGGGAAUAAGAAAAAUACCGUCAAAUUUACGAGCAAUAUGCUUAAUAUUGAAGAAAAAUGCGAUUUACCGAGAAAAUGCUGAUUAGAUUAGAUGCAAUCACAGCGGUUCUUCAGAAAUUAUUUUAGCCCCUCACCAUCCCGCAGAUAGCUUCGCGUUGAUGUUAAUUUUUUAUCCUCAUACCUACUCUUUUGCUCCUGCAUCACCAAAAAAAACGGUAACGUAGGCAGUCUCUUAGCAAGAAGGCCUUACCCGUAUUACAGAUCACACCAAACGGCAAGAAUCCCUCACAGGGCUCUGAAUAUGGGUCAGCCACCUUUGCCUCUUCCAUGGUCAGUCUAGCUGUAUUACAGAUUCUAUAAUGUUCCCAGCAGUGCUAAAGGACAUUGCACUGAUAGGCACAUCUGCAAGCCAAGAAAAAAAUCUCGAGGGUCAGUCCUGGUUAAAAAAAAAACACCGUAGAGAACUACCUCAAUGUGGUUCUUCUCCUCUAGGUCCAGAUCACCAUUAGCCACGUCACACCAUUUUAAUAAUUCUAGAAAUGCUGAAGAUGGAGAAAUCAAUAUCGGAGACAUAAAAGAAUCCAGAGAUUUUGAUCCUUUAGGUUUUGUUCCUAGCGAGUCAGACGUAUCUUCUAUGAAAUCCAGUGAAAAUUUUGACCGUGGAAUAGAGCUGGGAGAUAUAAAACCUGAAUUAAUAGAAACUGAUUACGCCAAAGCAUUGGGAGCAAUAGAAGAUGAAGACUCGAAUUUUGUGAAAGGACUAUUGGAAACAUCAUAA